AUGCAUGCAUUUUCAUUUGUAUGGCAAGAGUGGCAAGCCCAUGUGACAUCUACUCCAGCUGAGGUGGGUGGACCAGCACUACUGACUUGUGCUGCCCCCGUUUCUUUGAGAGACCAUGCCACCGUCGCCGCUUGGUACAGGGAUGAAAGCGUAGUAUCUGCUGGAGAUCAACUUACCGGCCCUACACUGGUUGUGGACGAAGGUUGGAAGCUAGUUGUACGUUCAGUACGAACAGAUGAUUCAAGGGCGCAUUACUCUUGUUCUGUCCUUGAUUCACUCACUGGAGAGCGACGGAGAAGUACACCGGUUAGCAUAGAUGUAUCUCCACUGAGUGUGCCGUCAGCGCCGCGAGCAAUAGUUCAUGGAAUAUGGGAAGCAAGCGCGCGCCGCGGCGCGGAUGUGUUGCUGCCUUGUCUUGUACACGCCAACCCUCCUGCUACCAUUACGUGA